AGAAUUUUAUCAAGAAUGUCGAAAUCUCGCCAACAGCAGCCAAAUGCAGUAUUAUCGUACCCACACCAAAGAUCGUAUCGUAGGAUCUGUGCCCUCUGCCCUAAUAGUAUUCAGAUUGUUGAGAAUAGGAAACUAAGACGUGUGUUAAUCCAUGCAGCUUGUGGGAAUGGAAAUUAUGAAUGUUUAAUAAAUGCUGGAAAAUUAUUCAAACAAUGGAUGGCAGGUGCAGAACUUAGCCCAGAAAUUGAUGUAUUAGUUUAUACAUAUGGAUUGCAAGUUUUAAAUGAUGAAGAUUCAUGGAACUAUGUUUGGCAAAGAUACCUUCAAGAAAGUGAUCCAGAUGAAGCACUUAAUCUGCAGUAUGCUUUAACAACUGUCCGGAAUGCAACUUUGCUUGAAAGGUUGGUGGAAUUUGCAAAAAAUGAAAGCUUGAUUCGCAAGCAUCACUACUUUUCUCUACUGCGAAAUAUAGCUGGAAAUCCAAAAGGUUUUGCUCUUGUCACCCAGCUGAUAUAUAAUAACUGGACUGAAAUAGUCAAGAGGCAUGGUAUUCACAAAGCUGAAGUGUUUGCUUCAGCUGUAUUCAGUCGAUAUGAAACUGAAAGAGAUUUAGGAAAGGUCAAACAAUUCUACAGAAAGCACAAGAAAACCAAAGAUGCAGAAAUUUCACGAACUCAUGCUAUUGAGAAUAUUCUUGAAAAUAUCAGAUGGCACAAGAAACACAAAGACAGCAUAAAAACUUGGAUGGAAAAGAAUACAUAUAUGCCAUGGAAUCGUAUCCGACUGCCUAGACAUAUAAUUCCAAAUCAUUACAACUUGAAAUUAUUGCCAGAUAUUAUCCAUUCUACAUUCAGAGGAGAAGUUGAAAUAGAAGUUAAUGUCACAAAAGAAACUGAUUAUAUGCUGAUUCAUGAAAGUAGUCUUAAAAUUCAGAGAACAGAAUUAAGAAAUGUGGAAUUUAAUGAAAGUAUUUCUAUUGAUGAAGCUUAUCCUUUCAGAAGAAAUCAUUUUUUGGUGAUCCGUUUUGCAGAAGCAUUGCCAACAGGUGUUUAUGUAUUGAAAAUUAUAUUUUCUGGAAAGUUUGUACAUGAUGGUAAUGGGAUGACUCGUUAUUAUUAUAUCCACAGAGAGACUAAAGAAAAAAGAUACUUGAUUGCAACUCAGUUUGAACCAACAGAUGCAAGAAAAGUAUUUCCGUGUUUUGAUGAACCAGAUAUGAAAGCAAAGUUUAAGCUAACUAUUGUGCAUGAUGAAAAGUAUAUUUCGAUAUCAAAUAUGCCUGAAGAGGCUAGAAAUAACUUGAAUGACAGUAUGGUUGAAACAAUUUUCAGUGAAUCAGUUCCUAUGUCAACAUAUUUAGUAUGCUGUGUAGUCUGUGAUUUUGAGUAUUUAGAAGCUGAAUAUAAAGGUAAAAAGAUAAGAGCGUAUGCUCCAUCAGAUCGAAUUCAGGAAACUGAACAUGGUUUGAAUAUGACAGUGAAAAUUUUAGAGAAGUAUGAAGAAUAUUUCAAUGUUGAUUACGUUCUUCCAAAACUUGAUUCAGUUGCAAUACCGAAUUUUACAGUCCCUGCUAUGGAACACUGGGGUGUUAUAACAUACAACACCCGGAGCUUCCUUGUUGAUGAAACAGUAUCUCCUUUCAAGCGAAUGGCAGACAUUGACCGAGUAAUUGCUCAUGAGCUAGCAUCAGUAUUUUUUUCCCUUUUGUAUAGUUCUCACAAUGUAAUAAAUGACAGUACUUGCAAGUGCAGUCGCACCAGAGGCAGGUGGUUUGGAAAUCUAGUGACAAUGAAAUGGUGGAAUGAUCUAUGGCUUAAUGAAGGUGUUUCAACAUUGAUCAUGUACAUACCACUGAAAGAAUAUCAUCCUGCAAUUGGAGAGUUGGAUGUAAGAAAAGUGUCCAAGAUGAUGUGUUCAGAUUCCAGCCUUGACUCACAUCCUAUUCUGCACAAUGUCAGUAACCCUGGAGAAAUAUCAGAUCUCUUUGACACAAUAUCAUAUGAAAAAGGAAGUGCUGUGUUGAAAAUGCUUCAAUAUACCUUGAAAGAUGACUUCAGACUAGGUCUUUCAAAUUACCUUAAGAAAUAUGCAUACAAGAAUGCUGAAACAAAAGAUUUGUGGGUUGAGCUUUCUAAUGCUUCCAAAAUGGAUGUCAACAUCACUGAAGUCAUGGAUACCUGGACACUGCAAAUGGGUUUUCCUUAUGUUGAACUUGAGAGAAAAGGAAGCACACUUACAGUCACUCAGCAUUGGUUCCUAAGAAGGAUGAAUGAUACUACCAUUGAUGGCCUGUCAAAAAUCUCUCCUAUGUCACCAUUCCAUUUCAUUUGGAAGAUUCCUCUUGUCUAUAAGAAUUUAGCAUCUGGGAAUGAAUAUACUUUAUGGCUGAAUGAUAAGAAUGCCACAUUCCAUAUUCAAGCUGAAGAAGAUGAUGUUAUAAAGUUUAAUCCUGGAUUUGUAGGAUUUUACAUAGUAAAAUAUGAUGACUCAGAUUGGGAAAAGCUUAACAGAAGGCUUCAAGAGAGCCACACGGAUUUCAGUGUAACAGAUCGCUAUAACCUUCUCCAUGAUGCUUUCUUGUUGGCUGAAACUGAUCGAUUGAUAUAUGACAUUCCACUAGAAUUGACUAAGUAUUUAAAGAAAGAAAAAGAAGUGAUGCCAUGGAACCUUUUUAGAGAUCAUUUCAUUCAUUUCCUUCGACGAAUGGAUGGUCAGUCUGAAACUGUGCAGUUACUGAAGAGAUAUGCUCGAGCUUUAACUGCAGAUCUUUAUGAUGAAUAUGUCUGGACUGCAAGAAAUAACAGCAUUUUCAAGAAAUGGGAUAUCACCCCUGGCAGCUGCUCUUACACAUUUCCUGAUUUAGAUUUUGUUUCAACAGUCGUUGAUGUAGCUUGUGAAUCUGGCAAUUCAAAAUGUUUACAAACUAUGAAUGAAGAGUUACAGUUAUGGAUGCUUGGAAAAAA